GACUGGUUCGACGACAACGACGCCGCCAUCAGAAAUCUGCUUGCUGAGAAGAACCGCCUACACAAAGCCUACGUAGAUCACCCCACUGAGGACAACAGAGCUGCCUUCUACCGCAGUCGCCGCCAACUUCAGCAACGACUGCGCGAGAUGCAGGACGCCUGGACUGCUCGCAAAGCUGAGGAGAUCCAAGGCUACGCGGACCGCAACGAAUGGAAGAACUUCUUCUCUGCGAUCAAAGUUGUCUACGGUCCGCCGACGAAGGGCACUGCUCCUCUCCUCAGCGCCGACGGCAACACUCUCCUGACUGAGAAGACGCAAAUCCUACAGCGAUGGGCCGAGCACUUCCGAGGCGUCCUCAACCGCCCUUCCGUCAUCUCCGACGCCGCCAUCGCGCGUUUGCCGCAAGUCGAGACCAACGCGGACCUAGACCUCCCGCCAUCUCUCCAGGAAACCAUCAGGGUCGUGCAGCAGCUCUCCAGCGGGAAAGCACCCGGAUCGGACGCAAUCCCUGCUGAGGUCUACAAGCACGGAGGUCCCCAACUGAUGGAUCACCUGACUGCGCUCUUCCAGGAGAUGUGA